GCCGCCGCAUUCUCCCCACCACCAAACCCUAGCCCUCCUCCCUCCGCCCCACCACCAUGGCCGGCUCGCAGGAGUCCCUCGUGUACGCCGGCGUGAUGCGCGGCCACAACGACCAGGUGACGGCCAUCGCCACGCCCAUCGACAACUCGCCCUUCAUCGUCUCCUCCUCCCGCGACAAGUCCCUCCUGGUCUGGGACCUCACCAACCCCAUCCAGGCCACCCAGGACUCGAGCUCCGAGUACGGCGUCCCCUUCCGCCGCCUCACCGGCCACGGCCACUUCGUCCAGGACGUCGUCCUCAGCUCGGACGGCCAGUUCGCGCUCUCCGGGUCCUGGGACGGCGAGCUCCGCCUCUGGGACCUCUCCACCGGCGCCACCACCCGCCGCUUCGUUGGCCACGACAAGGACGUCCUCUCCGUCGCCUUCUCCAUCGACAACCGUCAGAUCGUCUCCGCGUCCCGCGACAAGACCAUCAAGCUCUGGAACACCCUCGGUGAGUGCAAGUACACCAUCGGCGGCGAGCUCGGAGGCGGCGAGGGCCACAACGGCUGGGUGUCGUGCGUCCGUUUCUCCCCCAACAACUUCGCCCCGACCAUCGUCUCGGGCUCGUGGGACCGCUCCGUCAAGGUGUGGAACCUCACCAACUGCAAGCUCCGCAACACCCUCGAUGGCCAUGGUGGGUACGUCAGUGCCGUCGCGGUGAGCCCAGACGGUUCGCUCUGCGCCUCUGGUGGUAAGGAUGGAGUCACCUUGCUCUGGGAUUUGGGUGAGGGCAAGAAGCUCUACUCGCUGGACGCGGGCUCCAUUAUCAACUCGCUCUGCUUCUCGCCCAACCGCUACUGGCUCUGCGCGGCGACACAUGAUUCCAUCAAGAUCUGGGAUCUUGAGUCAAAGCACAUUGUGCAGGACCUUAGGCCCGAGAUCACAGUCUCCACUAAACAGCUGCUCUACUGCACUUGUUUGAGCUGGAGCGCGGAUGGCAGCACUCUCUAUGCUGGUUACACUGAUGGAACCAUCAGGAUCUAUAAGAUCUCAGGGUUCAGCUACUCGAGCUAGAUUACGCAUCUUGUUUUAGUGGCCCUUGUUCAGUUAAACUGCUGUGGUAUCUUCUGUUUUGACUGUCUAAAGGCAUAAUGUCUGCCUUGGUACUUCUGCUUAAUUUGCUAUCUGUGUCUUAGCCUCUGUCAGUCAUGUUCUCAUGGAUAAUGCGGAUAGGUACUCAUUUGCACUGUGUUUUGGUUGCUCAAUAUAUUGUCGCAUGAAUCA